ACCCCUGUGUAGGGCAGAUGGGGGAAUAGACUCCGCCCCCGCGCUCGAGCUGCUGAGUUGCACGGAGCGGUUCGGGCGCAGGAGCGAACGGAGGCGCGCGGAGGGCAUGUGACCGUGUCAAGGGUAAAGCUAAAGAAACAAACAUUACAACAAUCACAGGCGGUGUGAAUGUUUUUAGUUUAGCUUCGGAGGUUGUGCACUUUGAUGUUACCGCGCGCUUUGGCACUCGGAGAUAUUUAAGGAGAGGGAGAGAGAGAGAGCGCUCGCGAGGUUCCGCUGCACCGGAUGCCGGUGUAAAGUUACUGACCUGCAGCCAAGAGAAUAAUAAAAUAGAGUGUUGCCAUGGAAACGGUGCUUCACCUCAUCAAUGACACAGCAGAGUUUUACAAAUGGAGCCUUACCAUAGCAGACAAGCGGGUGGAGCAAUGGCCGAUGAUGUCAUCACCCCUCCCAACACUGGGCUUUAGCGUGCUGUAUUUGCUCUUCCUGUGGGCGGGGCCUCGCUACAUGCAGCACCGGGACGCUUUCAAACUGCGCAAAACUCUCAUCAUCUACAACUUCAGUAUGGUGCUGCUCAACUUCUACAUCUGCAAAGAGCUGCUGUUGGGUUCCAGAGCGGCGGGAUACAGCUACCUCUGCCAGCCCGUCAACUACUCCAAUGACGGCAACGAAGUUAGGAUAGCAUCAGCUCUGUGGUGGUACUACAUCUCUAAAGGUGUGGAGUUUUUAGACACAGUGUUCUUCAUCAUGAGGAAGAAGUUUAACCAGAUCAGCUUCCUGCACGUCUACCACCACUGCACCAUGUUCAUUCUCUGGUGGAUUGGCGUCAAAUGGGUCCCCGGAGGCCAGUCGUUUUUCGGUGCGACUAUAAACUCGGGUAUCCACGUGCUAAUGUACAGCUACUAUGGUCUCGCAGCUGUUGGUCCGCACAUGCACAAAUACCUUUGGUGGAAGAAAUACCUCACUAUCAUUCAGAUGAUCCAGUUCCACGUCACUAUCGGUCACGCGGCUCACUCGCUGUACUCCGGCUGCCCGUUCCCAGCAUGGAUGCAGUGGGCGCUCAUCGCCUAUGCCAUCACCUUCAUCAUCCUCUUUGCCAACUUCUACUACCAGACCUACCGCCUCCGGCCGCGUUCUAAAUCACCCAAGAGCGCCUCCAACGGUGUCACCGAUUCCGCCAUGACGAAUGGAUCAGCGAGGUGUGUAGAGCACGUAGAGGAGAAUGGCAAGAAGCACAAGAAGGAACGAACAAAGAGGGAAUGAAGGAAGGAGAGAGGAGUGCUGGGAACUUUGCAUCGGUGGGAUUGUGGGGGUUUUAAAGGGGAGUAGUGUGUGUGUAGGCUGUUUGUUGAUGGGCUAGAUGGUGUUUACAAAACCGCUAACAAUGCUAAGUGUGUAACUGUUGGGGGGGAAAAAUAGAAAUGAUUCAGUCAGUCCCCCCAGGAUUCUGUGAUUUUGCGAUCGCAGAAAUGAACGCAAAAUCAAGCAAACUCCAGAAUAUUUGGAGGAGCUUGCAAUUUUUCUAAAUUACCGCAGAUUUUAUGUGACGUCAUCACAACGAGCAUUCAACCAAACCCCCUUCGAACAAGAGUACAGCUAAAAGGUCUCAUUUACCAACAAACAUGACUGUGAAACCAUGCGGGACAAUUCUGUUCGAUUGCAAUUUCGCAGAUUCAAGUAGUUUUCCGCAAAAAACCUCCGCGAAAUCCUGUACGGACUGUUCAGUGCUGAUUGAGGGCUGCCAUUUCGCUGGAUUCCAUUUUAUUUAUUUAUUUAUAUUUAUCUAUUUCAGGGCAUGUGCUGAUCAUCUGUUUGUUAAUAUUUAUCACAAUAUUCACUCUGCGUGGAUCAACGUAAUUGUUCUCAGACAAUCCGUAACUCUAUGCUAAUCUGCCAUUUUUCAUUUAUUAUUGUAAAUAAUGAAAAAAAGUGUUAUGAAGAAUAAUUGCGAUAUGGAAAUGACAUCAGCACAUAAACGUUUAUUUAUCUAAAUCUCAGGAAACACAUCGAGAUCAAAAACAAAAAUAAACCAAAUGAAUUUAUAUCAGAUUCUACGCUCAUGUCUAAACACAACCUUAGACAUCAUGUGAUAUUUAAAUAAUUUAGUGUCAUUAGAGACCAUGGUUUCCUUUAAUGUUUAUUCCAGUGUGUGUGUGUGUGUGUGUGUGUGUGUGUGUGUGUGUGUGUGUGUGUGUGUGUGUGUGUGUGUGUUAGGCUGCUUUACUACUAGCUGUUUUGUUCUACAGAAAAAAACAACACUCGCAAAAGCGCCUUCUCUGCUGAUGAGAAAGAACAUGUAAGAGUACAAGUUUCAGUAAAGUACAAAUCUUCCAAAUCACAACAUGGGUAUGUUCACAAAGUACAAUUACUGAAAUAUUUCCCUGAUCACAGAGCACUGUUUUUGAUCGUAUCACGUAGCACAGUGAGAAUUGGAAACUUGCCGGGCAGAAUAAUUUGUGUAAAUAACAACUUGUGAAGGCUGAGUGUGUGUGAUCGUACUGGAGUUGACGCUGUGAUAGAUUUAGGGAGUGUUUGGCUGGAGCGGUUUCUCUGAGCUGUUAUAUGGUUAUUGUACAUUCUGCUUGCUGACCUCAUAUAAGCUGAUGUUUAUUAAUGUGUAAUUAUCGGCAGUGGUAAUUUUAUUAUAAAUAAAGUAAGCAUUUAGAUCUGUGGAUUGAGAACUCUUUACAGUAUAUUGGCCAGUCUAGCGUGUGAACGGCCGGGUUUGUUCCGGCGCAUUAGACUUUAAAUCAAGCAAUAACAAUCGCUCUGUCUAAAAAAAAUUUAUAAAUUUGAUGUUUGAUGUUUAUUGGUUAAAUUGUGGACAAUUCAAGUGACUAAAAGCCAACAUCUUCAUCAUUAAACAUCUGUUAGUGUUUACAAAGUUUUCUCGUUCAUGUCCUUUUACAAAUAAUUUCCCCCACAAAAGGUGUUAUAUAACACAUAACAUCUAAAUAAAAUGUAUGUAUGGCUUUCCACAGAUUAUUUCUGCAAGCUUGGCUUUGUGUGUGUGUGUGUGUGUGUGUGUGCGUGUGUGUUCGUUUUUAUGGAUUUAUAUAGGAAAUGUAGAAAGAUGAUUUUUAACCAUUGUUUUGAUGGGAUUGCUGAAAAUAGCAAAUGUCUCUCAUUCUUUAAUAAAUAUAAAAUUGGAAUUGUUGGUACACUGCUGUGGUGUAAGAGGAAUAAAACACUCAGGGACAUGCUGUUAGAGGAAAAUAAACAACUCCAGGGUGUUAACAGUAACUCCACUUCAUCACAACAUACCGUCACUCAGUAUUGUACUGUAACACACACACACACACACACACACACACACACACACACACACACACACACACACACACACACAGUGCAUCAUAUUUUUAUAUAUCGCCUUUAUAUUUUGCUUUUAUAUAUUGCUUAGUGCUGCAGGUUUUUGACAUUUUAUGAUCUUUAACAUUUUAUAAUAAGGUUCUGGCACCUGAUCUUCAUGUGGAACCUCACAGUACUCCAGUUUCCACUUAUAACACAUCUGAUCUGAAUAAGUGCUACAGAAAAUUACUGUAUUGUAAUAAACUGUGGGAAAAUAUUUGCAGAUUAUCAUGAUAUAUAGAUUUAAUAUUUAACGUUUAUUUCAGGAAGCAUUUAUUGUGAUGUUUUUUAGUCUGAGACUGAAGUGUUUACUCUGAAUUGCCUCUCCAACUUGUCUUCUCUCUCUCGGUGACAGAGGACAGAGCUGUAUGACUUAGGGCCCUCAAUUCAGGAAGAUCUAACCUAAGCAGUCCAGCAAAUUGGCUUUAGCUGCAAAAGAGCUUACACACACACACACACACACACACACACACACACACACAAUUUAUGCUGAGAGGUUACUAAUACUAAAGAGAGCGGGUCAGUGGAGAGGUGAAGGAGCGUCUUUAGUCCACUAAGCAUGGUGAGGACACUGAACACCAGGUAAAAGACAAUCAGGUUAUAGUAAACUGUUCUGACAAUGUAUUAUAGUGUGUGUUUAACAGUUUUGUUCACUCCUGAACCAAAAUAAUCAAUAACAGGGUGUUGUGAUGGCCCAAAGUUGAUUAUAUUCCUAUAACAGCACAUCCCCAAGUGUUUUAUUUCUCUUAUACCACAGCAGCUUGAUAAUUACAUUUUUGAAAUUAAAGAACGGUAUGUUGUGCUUUUUAUUCAUAUUUAGUUACAUUUGAUGUUAUAGAACAUGUGUGAAUCAAGUCACUUCCUGUUCUCGCUUACGUUAUAGCAGCUAUAAACCGUCGCUCCCUCAUCAGCCCUCUCUUUAUUCUCUGUCUUCUUAAAAAAAAAAACCACAGCUUGUCUUGUUAUUCAGAAACUAUAGUGGUUGAAUGUUCUUUGUUUUAAACUUUCAUCCUUGUUCCUGCAAAGGAAGCUGUUGAGAACCCUACUUAUAUAGCACAGUUAUAUAGUUAUACUGCACUUUUUGAAAGUGUUAUAUGAAAAUGUAGGAGCUGGUUGAAUGGAAAGAACUUGAUUUAGCAACAUAAGCGUCUAUAUGACAGGUAAACUUAUUUAAUUUUAAGAAAUAAUCUUUUUUGUAACUGAUUUAGGAGAUAUGUUAAACAUUACUCUUCAUCUUUUUCAUUAUAAUAGCAAGCAAGGGGAUUCUGUUGGUUAAGUGGGUCGAAGCCGACAAAUUAGUCACACACACGCGCGCACACACAAACACACACACACACACACAGAUCAGGGAUUGUGAAGUAAGAGGAUUGGGGAUUGUCCAGUUUUCCACUGGGCCACUUACCAUAAUGCAGACUCACCUCAGUGUUAAACCUGUUCGGCUGUUCGCCAAACAGAAACGGCUUUUAUUUCACCUGGAAACACUAAUGCCGUUUUGUCUCACUGUAUUUCAACAGGACACCAUCAUCCUCCACCAGUCCAAACCAGGGGUUCAAUCUUAUCCAUAAAGGGCCGGUGUGGCUGCAGACUUUUAUUCCAACCAAGCACCUGAUUCCACUUGUUUAAUCAGUUCAUCUUGGUCUCCAAUCAUCUAUUAAUUGUACCUCCAAUUUGGCUGGAAUGAAAGCCUGCACCCCGCCCGCCCUUUGAGGAUAAGAUUGAAGAGCCCUGGUCCAAACAGUGUCUGUGCAGUAUGGACUGAAAGUAGUGAAGAUGAAGCAAUAAAAUGACAACUUCAUUUAAGGCAUCAAAAAAUUAAGCCAGUGGUGGUGAGCAGGACAUUUGACAUUGUUUUAGUUUCAUAUUCAAAAGAUCUGUUUUAAAUGUAUUCUAGUAAAGAUAUGCCUUAAUGCCCUGUUCUCAGAUACACAGCUCCCUCUAGUGGUCAGACAUCUCACCAGCCACAACUCAGAAUAUCACAAAUCUUCUAACAUUCUUCACAUCACAUCAAAUGACUUGCAUUUGGUUCAAGUGGCAAUUUCCUCUCAUAUUCCAUCACCUCAGUGUUGGAGCCAUACAGUUGGAGGAGAUUAAAAAAAAAGUUAACAACAACCUUGUAUUCAUACCUGUUUAAACAUUUUAAACUUUAAAAUCUUUUAGCACAUAUUUUCAGUGUACUUAACUACAAUUUUCUGGUACUUGUUAUAUGCCAUAUAACUAACUGUAGUCUAGACAGAGAAAAUGGCGGUGUGUAACCGAGUGAUUUUCGUUGGUGAUUUAAAUAUACAAACAACCUUGAAUAAUAAAUAUAAUAUAUAAUAUAUAGUGUAUAUGGUUUUUAAUAAUCUAUUUGGGAUUUGUAAAGAAACCAAACGUUUAUUAUUAUUUUUUGUAACCCUAAAUACGUUGCUAGUUGGAUGCUAACUUUCAAAACUAGGUCACCAUAGCAACCUAUCAGUAGUCUGCAAACACCCCGGAAGUGACAGAGUAAUUUAAUUAUUAAAAUGUGGGACUCUGUAAUAUUUCAUUAUCUUGUAUAUGAACAUAAUUUAAAUGUUAAAAUUGUCUAAAUGAAUGUUAUUAAACGCCUUAUAUUCGCGUUUUUUGAAUAAUUCAUGUCCGCUUUUGGCUUUAAUUCCGGGUUGUGACAGGGUUGCCAGGUCUGUGUAUAAAUAACACCCUCUAAAGAGCAAAACAACAACAAAACAACAACAACAACAGAAAGCACUAACUAUUAACUAUCCAACCUAGAUUUGAAAUCUAUUAGGCGUGUUAGGAUUGGAAAUGUUGAGGGUUUGUUAACCUAGCCGAAAAAAAUCCGUAUUAUUUUACCAUUAUUUACUGGAAGAGUGUGGAUCUGGCAACUGUGGUUGUGAAGCUGCUGUCCGACCCUGACGGUGCUGAAAUCGAUGGAUCGUUGUUGCCAGAUUGGGACGGUUUCAUCGUCUGCAUUAUGGGAGAUUAUUAUUAUAAUUGUUUGACCAGAUACCAAAUGUUUUUGUAAGUUUU